AUGGGGGAAGAGGCUCUGAUGAUGUGGGUUGGGGGUGAGAGAGUGGCCGGCACUGGUGAGCUCUUUGCCGUUGAGAAUCCAGCUACAGCGGAAACAAUUGCAGAAUGCCACUCCGCGUCAGCUCAAGACGUCGACGAUACGAUCCAACUGGCUCAUCGUGUCUUCAAGUCUGGCGUCUGGUCAAAAUCACCUCGCCAUGCCAGGGCCGACGUGCUAGAUAAAGCCGCCGAGCUCCUCACCUCAAACCUCCCUACCCUGAUCAAGGCCGAGGUCGAGCAGACGGGCCGCGCAAUCCGAGAGAUGCAGGCCCAAGUCCCGUCGCUGGUCCGCUGGUUCCGCUACUACGCCGCCGUCCUCCGCACCGAGGAGCGUCCCGUCCUUCCAACGACGGGGAAGCUGCACAACUGGCUGGAACGGGUUCCGCUCGGCGUCGUCGUCCAGAUCACGCCUUUCAAUCACCCGCUACUGAUUGCAGUCAAGAAGCUUGCCCCCGCUUUGGCGGCAGGGAACAGCGUCGUCUUGAAGCCCAGCGAGCUCACACCGCUGACCAGCUUGUUGCUGGGACCGAUCCUGAAAGAGGCAGGGCUUCCGGAUGGCGUCUUCAACGUUGUGGUAGGCUUCGGAUCUACAACUGGACGGUCUCUUGUGAGCCAUGCCCUUGUGCGCAAAGUCGACGUGACCGGGGGGACUGUUGCCGGAAGAGCAAUCGGCUCCGUUGUUGGCAACAACCUGGCGCGGUUUACUGCAGAAUUGGGGGGAAAGGCGCCCCUGGUUGUAUUCGAAAAGGCAAACGUUGACCUUGCCGUCAAUGGAGUUGCCUUUGGGUCGUUCAUUGCAAGCGGCCAGACAUGUGUCGCAGCGACCCGCAUCAUCGUCCACAAGAGCAUCUUGCCGGCUGUGGAAGAGAAGCUCGUCCGCAAGGCCGAGUCCAUCACACGGCGGAUGGGCUCGCCUAUGAACUCAAAGUCCUCCAUGGGUCCGCUCAUCUCAUCCAAGCAGCUCGGCAACGUUGUGAAUCUCGUGGAAGAUGCCGUUGCGAACGGUGCAAGGGUCCUUUGUGGCGGCAAGAGGCUGUCUGGCAGGUCGGCGCUCGACGAUAUCGACCUUUCCAAGGGCUAUUUCUUUCCUCCGACUAUUCUAGGCUCGAGUUCGUUGUGCGACAUCACAAAGACCAAGAUCUGGCGCGAAGAAGCUUUUGGACCUGUGAUUGUGCUGGUUGAAUUCGAAAGCGAACAAGAAGCCCUCGAGCUGGCCAACGAUAGUGAAUUCGCUCUGGGAGCGGCGCUGUGGACUGACGACUUGAGUCAGGCUUUCAGAGUCUCUGAACAGAUUGAGUCGGGCAUUGUCUGGGUCAAUACGCACCACCGGAACGACCCGAGCAGCCCGUGGGGAGGAGCUUCGAAUGCCAGCGGGGUGGGGAGUGAGAAUGGUGUUGAGGCUUAUUAUGCGUAUACGACAACGAAGAGCAUCAUUGUCAAUUAUGCUUCCAGUGAUGAGGCUGUGGCAGACGACUGGUUUCGAGAAGACGAUGUUCAAGUGCGCUAUGGAUGA